UCUAGUCAGGUCAUUACAAUACAUUUCGGAAUUUCAGGCAACAUCGACUGCGAUGGCGACUCCACAACAGGAAAAACAGGACACGAGCUCAAGCAGAAAUGAGAGAAGAGCCAGCAUGAUGUCUCCUUUACAAUUUUCCGAUCUGAGGGUUGUUCUGGUGGGGAAGACUGGAGCAGGGAAGAGUGCAUCAGGAAACACCAUCCUGGGGAGAACUGAGCUCAAAGUAGAUUUUGCUGCAGAGUCUGUGACCAAACAAUGUGAUAGGAGCAGUGAGAGGGACAUUGCAGUAAUUGACACCCCGGGUCUUUUUGACACUCAACUCUCAGAGUCUUCAGUGAGGACCCAACUGGUGGAAUGCAUCGCCCUCUCCUCUCCUGGACCCCAUGUCUUCCUGCUUGUUAUUGCCCUUGGUCGUUUUACAGAGGAAGACCACAACGCUGUUGCAAGGAUCAGGAACAUCUUUGGAGAAGCAGAAGUGAGACACACCAUGAUUCUCUUCACCCAUGGAGACACACUGAAGAAAAAGAAGAAAAGCAUUGAGGACUUUAUCCAGGCGGCUGGUGAAGGUCUACAGCAGCUCAUUGAGACAUGUGGAAACAGACACCAUGUCUUCAACAAUGAGAACACAGACAACCGUGAGCAAGUAAAGCAGCUGAUGGACAAAGUUACAGCCAUGGUGAAGGAGAAUGAAGGGAGGUGUUACACCAAUGACAUGUGGUGUUUGUUUUCCGAUAGUCCGCCACGCAUCUCACAGGUCUUGUUAUCAGUCACGAGAGGCCUUGAGGGCAGGGAGUCAGUCACAUAA